CGCCCGCUCCGCCAGCUGCUCUCCCCCGCCGGACGAUCGCCACCGCCGCUCUCCGCUCCAAAGGGGAAAAUAUAUAUAUAUAACCUAAUUAAAAAAAAAACAAAAAACCCAGCCUCUCCUGCCUGUUGGAUAGCGGGAUUUUUUUAAAUUCUUAUUACUAUUUUAUAAGAGGAUCUGUCAGUGCUAUUUCUGUCUCGUCUCUCGAUCUUGCUGUGCCCGGGACAGCCCGCGGGGAGACGCUGCCGUGAGGUGGGCCAGCCCGGAGGGAGAGCACCGAGGCGCGCCUCGAGGGCCAGUGCGCCGCCAAGGACAAAAGGAAGCCCGCGCCGCCCGCCGCCGCGCACCGAGCCUCCGCGAUCGGCAUGAAGAAGACCGAGAUGGGAAGGUUUAACAUCUCCCCGGAUGAGGACAGCAGCAGCUACAGCUCCAACAGUGACUUCAACUACUCGUACCCCACCAAGCAGGCAGCUCUGAAAAGCCAUUAUGUGGACGUGGAUCCUGAAAACCAGAACUUUUUACUUGAAUCGAAUUUGGGGAAGAAGAAGUACGAAACAGACUUUCAUCCAGGUACUACUUCCUUUGGAAUGUCAGUAUUUAAUCUGAGCAAUGCGAUUGUGGGCAGUGGAAUCCUUGGGCUUUCUUAUGCCAUGGCUAAUACUGGAAUUGCUCUUUUUAUAAUCCUCUUGACAUUUGUGUCAAUAUUUUCCCUGUAUUCUGUUCAUCUCCUUUUGAAGACUGCCAAUGAAGGAGGGUCUUUGUUAUACGAACAGUUGGGACAUAAGGCGUUUGGACUGGCUGGAAAGCUAGCAGCCUCCGGCUCGAUCACAAUGCAGAACAUUGGAGCUAUGUCAAGCUACCUCUUCAUAGUGAAAUAUGAGUUACCUUUGGUGAUCAAGGCAUUAAUGAACAUUGGAGAUUCAAAUGGAUUGUGGUAUCUGAAUGGUGACUAUCUGGUCCUGUUGGUGUCCUUGGUGCUCAUUCUUCCUCUGUCGCUGCUGAGAAACCUAGGAUACUUGGGGUACACCAGUGGUCUGUCCCUGCUCUGUAUGAUGUUCUUUCUCAUUGUGGUGAUUUGCAAGAAAUUCCAGAUCCCUUGCCCUGUGGAAGCUGCUUUGAUGAUCAAUGAAACUGUGAAUGGCACCUUUACCCAGGCGGCUUGGUCAUCUCUGGCAUCCAACACCACCAUGACUGAUGAUUCUUGUAGGCCGCAGUAUUUCAUCUUCAACUCACAGACCGUGUACGCUGUGCCCAUCCUGACCUUCUCCUUCGUCUGCCAUCCUGCUGUCCUUCCCAUCUAUGAAGAGCUGAAAGGUCGCAGCCGGAGACGGAUGAUGAAUGUGUCCAAGAUCUCCUUCUUCGCCAUGUUCCUGAUGUAUCUGUUUGCUGCCCUCUUUGGAUACCUGACGUUUUACGAACAUGUCGAAUCGGAACUGCUCCACACCUACUCUUCCAUCAUGGAAACCGACAUUAUUCUCCUCGUUGUCCGUUUGGCUGUGUUGGUGGCCGUCACCCUCACGGUGCCAGUAGUUAUUUUUCCGAUCCGGAGCUCUGUCACUCACUUACUGUGUGCAGCGAAAGAGUUCAGCUGGUGGCGCCACACUGUCAUCACCGUGUCUAUCUUGGCCUUUACCAAUCUCCUUGUCAUCUUUGUACCUACUAUUAGGGACAUCUUCGGUUUCAUUGGUGCGUCGGCGGCCGCCAUGCUGAUCUUCAUUCUUCCAUCUGCCUUCUACAUCAAGUUAGUGAAGAAAGAACCUAUGAGAUCUGUGCAGAAGAUCGGGGCCCUGUGUUUCCUGUUGAGUGGCAUAGUGGUGAUGAUCGGGAGCAUGGCCUUGAUUGUCUUGGAUUGGGUACACAAUGCCUCUGCAGGUGGCCAUUAAUGGCACCACGAAAGCUCAGCAGUCCAUCUGACACCAGUGUUGAGUCAGCAGUCAACUUACUCAGAAAUUUCACCCGAUGCUUUCAGUUCACUUCCUUUUGAAGUGCAGAUUCCUCGCUGGUUCUUCCGAAUGCAGAAUAAGUGAACUUUUCUUUUUUAUUGUUUUGUUUUGUUUUGUUUUUUUAAAGAAACUUAUCUGUGUGUUAGGGAAUGGAUAUUACCAAGGAAACCACGAGUCUUGGGUUAAGGGAAGUGACAAUUUAUUCCAUUCCAGAGAAUGGAUGAACUUUUAACUUUUAUCAAGCCACAUGUUUGGCUGUGUCAUUGUUUAACUUGGAUAUUUUAUGAUUUUACUUGAAUGUGCCUAACGGAACCAUUCGAUGUGAGAAACACUUCUUAAUUUACAGCAAAGUAUUGAAAUAAGCAUUGAGAAAAACACUUAUUUUUUGUACCAAAAAUACUUUAAAAGACCUCAGAAGCACUAUUUUACUUUGAAGAAAUUGCAUUUUUUGAACUUUAUCCGGAACCAGUUGUCAGUAAACUCCGUAAAACAAUUUCAUUGAUGUUUAAAAGUGAAUAUUAGUAUUAUGAAAUUAUUUGCCUUUUUUGUAGGCAUUAUAAGCCAAAUACUUUUUUACCCAAAAAUCAUUUUCAGGAAAAUGUUAUGAAAAAUUGCACCGUGAAUUAGCAUAGUUAUGUUUUGUUCGUUCAGAUUUCAUUCAAAGGGUAAUUGGUAAUUGUUGUACCAAACAGGUGAACUCCGUUCAUCACUUUCUUUGCCUCCAGAUAAUUUGGUUCAUUAAAACUAAAAUGUUAAUGUGUUCAGUCUAGUAGGCUGGAAAACAGUGCAGAUGUUCCUGUAGGAAAUGAAAUAACUGAUUUUGAGGUACCAAAUAGUGCGAUUGGGUACAACAGGGUUUAUUCAGUUGCGCCUGUCUCCAGUUGUGUGGUCAGCUCUGGGUAGUGCUUUUGGGCCCACCUAUUUUAAAAACAUGGCUUCCAGAAGUGAGAUGGUUUGGUGGCAGUAGGCCAGACCUAUCCGAUAGAAAAGGCAGCUUUCACACGCACAUCUACUGGAAGCGUGAUUUACUUGACAACAAGUGGCUCAGUUGCGUUCCUGCUGUGACCACAGCAGAGGUCUAACCUGACCGCAGGCUGCACCAACGCUGGCACACUGGACGGCGCGUGGAAAGGUCACUGGGUUUCUCAUGCAGCCAGCUUUCUAAAAACUCGCACUGGAUUGUCAUCUCAUCUGUGUACAAUGCAGAACGAUUUGUUUACAACGAACAAAUGAUUAGUUAGGGGAAGUAGUACAACCUGGCUGUACUUGGUUUCUGGUCCAGCUGCGUGCUUACCUUUCCAUUUCAAUUCCAGUUAGAAGUGGGUAUCACUUUGAAGCUUGGCUUUAAGAGCACAUUUACUGUAUGUUAACGGUGUAUGGUGAAUAUAUUAUUAAAUAAUGUGGUACUUUGCUCAUCAGGCAUAAUGUCUAAGAUCUAAUAUACAUAAUUCCAUUAAGUGGUUGAGGGAAGCAAGUGGAAUCAUUAAUUGGCCAUUUGGCUCUUAAGGUUUUCUCUUGAACUAAACGUUUUUAGUUUGAGGCAAGGCCGGAGAUUGGCACACAUGGGUUUUGUUACAUGGUCUUGUGUAUGUGACUAAAUUCAGAGGCAAGAUCUGUCUGCUGUUAAAGACCCUUGCAGAAUGGAAGACGUCUGUUAUUGCUGCAUUGGGUGAAACCAGUGGUCCUUUUCGUCCCGAAGAUGAAAUCACUGGGGGCCAUCUAGAAGCAAAGGCAGUGAGGAGACACUACCACACUGCUUUCAUUUCAUUCAAAUCCAGAACCACACCUGUAGUUCAGGAAUCAGCACUUCCACUUGAAGACCUGGAAAGAGUUGCUGAUAAGAUCUGCCAGGAGAUUGCGGAGAAACAGGCAUCAGAGAAAGGGUGCCAUGGCAACCAGGAAGAGGUGGAGGAGAAAAUCCUAUUCAUGGCCUGUCAGUGUGGAGAGACUUCCUGAACCUUUUUUGAGGGAGCACAAUUUAAGGCUCAAAAUGCAUUUUAGGCCAAAUCCCAACGCUUGGGGCUGUUUAUCUGCCUUGAGGUUCCUAAACUGAAUCCCAAUCUUGAGCAGUCUUCAGUAUUAAAACCACUGCCCUGUCACCUCAUUUUUGCAUUGCUGUCUUCCAUGGACGAAGUUUCAGUUAUAACUGUACUGUUAUUUAUAGAGCAGCAUUAAUCCAUUAAAGCUAACCUAUUUUUCAAUAUUUAUGAUAAACUGUACAUACAUUGUCCAUAUGUAUUUGUAAAUAGAGUGUAUAUACCAGUGGAACUGGGUCCUGGGUUCAAAUGUAGAUACUCCCAUAAGUUUCUUAACUGCAUUUUGAUGAAUUUACAUUAUAUAUAAGUCCCCAAAGUACAUGUACAGAGAAUUCAAUGUUAGAAAUUGACACUGUAUAAUACUAAAAUUGAAAGUACUUGUUUAAAUUCUAUUUGCAAUAAACUGAUUGGAUGUCAAUUUAAGUAGAAAUGUUAAAAGCUUUAAAUGAGGCCUAAAUUUCCAUGAUGCGGGGCCUACCACAUGCUGUCUGGUCACGUGCUGAGUGUGAUCUUGAGGGCAUGGAAGCCUUGCUGUGUGUAUAGUGUAAAUGUCCCCACUGUGCUGUUAGAGGCUAACAUGCCAUUAUGGCAUGCUGGCAAGGAGUGCUACACAAGUUUCAAUGAAACAAUGUACGUUUGUUUUAACUGAACUAAAAUAAAUACAUGCUUAAUCCUGA